AUGGACGAGACAGACGACGGCGACUGUGGCAGCAACUGGCGCCGUGGUGCGGAUGCGGUGAAGGUGGCCGUGACUGAGGGCCACGUGAACGUGGCCAGCCCCGCAGACACAUUUCGCUCGAUAGGCCGGCUGCUUGAGACCCGCGUGGCCGGCACUUUGGGCACGCUAUUGUCCGUCUUGUUCCGGUCAUUCUCACUGGCAUUUACCAAGCACUCAUGCCGUACAACCCUCGGACCGGCCAUGUGGGUAGACGGUCUACGCCGUGGUGUGGCGGCCGUUGAGGCAUACGGUAUGUGUCAACCCGGCGACAGGACAAUGUUGGAUGCACUAGUUCCGGCCGUUCGUGGUAUGGAGGACGUCUUGUGCAAGUCUAAAAACCCGGUAUGCCCUUUUGAGUAA